CCACAGUCCAUUUCCUAAUUGGGUUAUUUGUUCUCUUGGUGCUUAGGUUUUUUUAGUUCCAGGGAAGUCUCAUUUCUGCAGUCACAGAAGUUUAGUGAGCAGCUGAAGCUACUCACCAGGAGCAGAGCAUGGGGCAGGGGAAAUGGACCAGAAACUCAGAACUCCAGGUGUCCUGAGCCCCUGUAAAGUAUUCCCUAGGGAAAGUUCCAGAGCAACACAAGGUUAAGGACAGAGACCCAAGGAAGCUCUGGAGUCUUUAUAGGGCCAUUUAGAAAUGGAAAGAGUGAUGAUGGCUGAUGAUCCACAGAGUAGCAAAUAUAACCACUGUUCUACCAUGCUGCCUCUACCACAGUGAGACGUGGGCCCAGAGGUUGUCCAGGUGAUCUGUUUGGGAGAAAGAGCUCUGCCCAUGUCCAUCAGUGACAGACCUUCAUCUGUCCUCAUGCUGCACUGGGGUAUCUGAGGCUAGUAUUUGACUAACAGAGUGAAGGUCUACAGUCAAACAAGAAGAACAGAGAAAAUAGUCUGUCUUGAGCCCCUUUUCAUACUCUAAACCUAGGGGGAGGGGUGGUUGGCAAGCCCACCCUUUCCCAUUAUAAAGUCACUCUAUCCAUACCCUUAUUAAUCUCAUCCAUCCACCAGGUAGGCCGGGGAAAUGGGAUUUUCCCAAGGAAUUAGGGAGCCUUUGAGUGCACAGGAAUCUAGUCAAAGCCUGCUGAACUGCAGGUCACAUUUGGACAGGAAUGAAUUCACCAAGCUGGUGACAAUGUCUUUGGAGGUCUCCUAGGAAGGCCAAGAUCAAUGUGCUAGUAUACUCAGUGCCUAGAAAAGACUAACUUCUUUGUAAAUGGCACCCUCUACCUUUUCUCUCAGGUGGCAGAAGGGGGCCCUUGAGUCUCUCCUAAGCCCAUUCAUGAGGGUUCUACAUCAUCACUCUCCUAAAGCGCUGCCUAAAUCCAUUCCCCUGGAUUGGGAUUUUUGAGAGGACAGAGUCAUUUAAACAUCCUCCAAUGUCUCUCUGAGCUGAGCCCUGGGUUUCUACUAUGCCAAGCCAAGUCUGGCUCAGACAGGCAUUUAAUCUAUACCAUUUGACUCCAUUCUUGGACAGGAAUUCAGAAGGACACCUCAAAGUUCCAAGUGGCCCACUUUAUGAAGGACAGGGUAGUCUUGGAGAAGCCAGCCAAAGUGGAGCCACAUUGCACAGUUCUGAAAGACCCCAGCUUCUCUCCUUUAGGAGUCAUGCUAAAAAAAAUCCCUGUCACCUGGCGGCGAUUCAUAUCCAUCACCUCCAUCACAUUGCUCUACCAUCAACCUCAUGCUGAGGAACUGAAACUCCACCUUUACCUGAUCCCCAAUGACUGCACUAUUCGGAAGGCCAUAGAUGAUGAAGAAAUGAAGUUCCUGUUUGUGCGAAUACACAAGCCUCCCCCAUGGGCUCCCUUUAUGUGGGCUCUCGAUAUACCGUGUCUGGUUCAGGGACUAUGGAAAUUAUACCCAAGGAGCUUGAGCUGUGCUACCGGAGCUCCGCAGAAGCCCAGCUCUUCUCAGAAAUCUAUGUUGGCCACUUACAAUCAGGGAUCUGGUUGGAGAUAAAAGACAAGAAUACUGGCACUGUAGUUUGGGAAACCUUGUUGAAACCAGGAGACCUUAGACCUGCAUCCACUCCAGUCACUCCAGCCCCUACAGUUGCCAGGCCCUCCCUGCACUUUGUGGACCAGCAUCGGGAGCAGCUGGUGGCCCAAGUGACAUCAGUGGACCCUGUCUUGGACAAACUGCAUGGUCAGGUGCUGAGUGAAGAGCAGUAUGAGAUGGUUCGUGCUGAGGCCAACAAUCCAAACAAGAUGCGGAGGUUGUUCAGCUACAGUCGGUCCUGGGACAAGGCCAGAAAAAGUCAACUCUACCAAGCCCUGAAGGAGACCCACUCUUACCUGAUCCUAGAACUCUGGGAGAGGUGGGGCAGGGUCCUUGGGGGAUGGGUAUCCUGAAAUCUCGGCAGUGAAACCUGAGCCUUGAAUCAUGCCUCUGAUCUUUCUUUUGGCUUCAUUUCCCUGUCUAUGAUCCCCCUUGGCUUGGUCUUGGUUCUGUGAAGCUUGUCUGCUUGCAGGUGGCAUUCUCAGAGAUGUCCCUCUAGACAGCUUGCCUGUGAAAGCCAAGGGGCAAGUGGGUAACUGUGAGGCAUCCUUGGCAGUGGACUUUGUUGUUGCUGUUGUUUUUGUUUUUUGAGAUAGUUUCUCAGGGUAGCUUUGUGCCUUCCCAGGAACUCGCU